CUUUAUGGAGUCUCAGAACUGUACAUAUUUUGAAAAUAAUCUGACUACAGAAAAACAUAUGGAAUAGAGUUUGUAUUGCUUAAAACAAAUUUGCUAUUAGUUUGAAGAAGAAUAUAAAUUAUCGGUGUCCACGUGCUAGCAGCUACACCAUUUCUGACCAGAAACAAACAAUUGUCUCUUUAACGAACGGCCCUAUCAUCUAGCAUAACUACAAUGAAAUAUUAUAAAUAGAUGGAUAUCUUCAAUGAGAGCAUCACAGAAUUGCAAAACAAUAAAUCAAGACAUUGAUUUUAUUAUCACAUAAUGGAUAACAAACUUUAUAAACAAAUUCAUUGUACUAUGACCAUUUUUGUAUAUAUAUAGAUAGAUAGAAUGGGUCUUUAGGUACUUAUUCCAAAUUCCCUCUAUUUUCUUUUUUUUCUAUAUAUAUAGUAGCAUGUCGCGAUCCAGACCUUUGUCAACAAAACACAGCAGCACCAAAAGAAAACAAUCUGCCUACCAUAAUGAUGAUUGCAAAGACCAAACUCUCCCGAAAAAUAAAAGAGCAAAAUUGACGCCUGAUCUUUACAUGAUGUCUUUAUUUUUUGUCGAUAGGGAAGCCAGAUCGUGCACUGAGAAUAAUGGUGGUCUUCCUUUAUCUGGUAUGUACUCUGAAGUAUCUCAAAUCGGACGAAUGGUUUCAGACUAUAACAACGACGCUGAUGAUGAUUCCUACGUUGAUACCGAAACUACUGAGGAUACAAACGGUAUCAGCGAUUAUGAUGAUGACGCUGAUGAGGACUAUGAUAUCAAUGAUGAUAAUGGCAAUGAUGAUGAUGAUAACGAUGAAACAGCUGAACAACCUAUUGAUAACUCAGACGAUGAUGAUGAUAAUAAUGAAACAGCUGAACAACCUAUUGAUAACUCAGACGAUGAUGAUGGGAGUGACACUAAUGGCGAUGAGGCAGGGGAUGAACAGGAAGAGGAGGAACAAGCAGGGGAUGAGCAGGUAGAGGAUGAACGGGCAGCGGUUUUACAAGGACUGGCAGGCUUACGAGAAAGAAUUGAUCGUUUAGAUGCUCAUAUAAAUACGGCUAUGACAAACAUACAUGACUUGGAUUAUCGUGUAGAGAUUGUUCUAGCUCAAAUAGACAUAACCCAUGAUCGUAUGACUUAUUUACGAGACCAGAUUACAAAUGUGGAAAUUACUUCGAGAGAAAUAAACAAUCGCGUGGCGUUGCUACCGACUCGAGAAAAUCUAAAUGAAGUAACAGCUAAUGCGAACAUGCACCAAGCUAAUAACACACGGCGUAUGGAUGGUUUUGACGUAAGGUUCGACCAAGUAAUGGAAUUACUUCACGCACGUUUACCCGAACGUAAUGUCGAAAAUGUUGCUGCAGACGGCAACAAUCGCGAUAAUUUACAGCCACCAAUUAUCAACAACUUACCUGCACUCAAUGACAAUAAUCAACUUGACGCAGAUGCUAACCAACCCCAAGCAGAUAUCAACCAACAGCAAGCUGGUGAUCCCCAACAAGAGCAAGUACCUGUUGCUAAUGAUGAUCAACAAGAGCAAGACCCUCCUUUGAACGGACCACCAGGAAACGGUGGUGAAGGAGUGAACAUUAAUGGCCGUACUAUAGCUAUUCAACAGUUUAUUUACGUUCGAAAUAUGGAGUUUUAUUAACACUUUCAACAUUACAAAAUUAACUAAUAGAUAAAUAAUUACACGCAUAAUGCCAAUCUGAUUCUUACGUUCUCCUUGUUACUUAAAUAAACA